AUGGAAUCUAAGACUAAGGGUUUAAAACAAGUUUACAAUCAAUUUAUGAAUGUGACAAAUGCUGUUGUUAGUAAAAUUGUUUAACUGAAUGAUGAUAAAUUUCUGUGUGGAUUAUUUAAUGCUAUUGGUAAAUUCAUUAAGAAGAGUGACUAUGAUUACCAAUUUAUUUAAGAUAAUCAAAGAUUAAUUACAAAAGGAUAAAUUACAUCAAUUAUGCUUGUUAAUUUUAGAACUAUCGCUUAUACAGAUUCUAAUGGUCAUUAUCUGAAGAUAUUUGAUAUUUUAAAGAGAUAUUAUAAAAAUAGUAUUAAAUUAUCUGAGUCCCCCCAUAUAUUUCGUGUGUAAGAAUAUGACUAUGAAACUAACCCUUUUGCUUUUUUGAAAGACGAGGAGAAGAUAUCAUUGAUUAAUCUGAGAAACUGCCAAAUUAUUAAAAUUAUUGAUGCUAAAUAUAAUCAUCUUAUGUCUUGGAAUAAAAAUGGUAGUCUGAUAAAUAAGAGAGUUGCAAGUGAGGAUGGUAAGUUCUACAGACUCGUUGAUUUAUAAAGAGAUGAAAAAUUUUUUGAAAUUAGAGAGAUCAUGAUUAAAGCACUUUGA